AUGUUAAAACUUAUUGUCCUGUUCAUUUUUUCGGUGGUCGCAGCUGAUCCGCUAAGAAAUAAUUUACUCUUGAAGCCUAACCCACGUAUAAUUGGCGGCCAAGAUGCAGUAAUUGAAGAUUUUCCAUACCAAGUUAAUUUUUUGAACAAUGGAUUUAAUAUCUGUGGAGGUGCGAUUAUCGCAAAGAACUGGGUCCUUACAUCUGCAAGCUGUUCUAUUAAAUUUGGAACGAUAGUUCAUGCGGGAAGUAAUUUAACCAACGGAGGCGGAUCUUAUCAUAGAGCUGUUAGAGUUAUUAAUCACGAAGCCUUCAAAAUUACUGUUAAUUGGGUUUUAUCAAAUGAUAUUGCUCUAGUCGAAGUUUAUCAACCAUUUGUGUUCGACAAAACUCGACAACCUAUACCACUUUUUAACGUCAAUGAAGAAGUUGAACCUGGCACAUUAGCAACCGUAGCCGGAUGGGGCCAAAUUUCUAACGAGGAAUAUGUACUUUCUUAUACUUUGAUGAGUGUUUCCGUACCAAUUGUUCCCUACGACCAAUGCGAUGUGCUACUUUAUGAAUUCGGUGGACUUUCACAGGGUCAAUUUUGUGCCGGCUAUUUAGAAGGUGGAAAAGAUGCUUGUAUGGGUGAUGGUGGCAGUCCUUUGGCCAUCAACGGACGAGCUGUUGGUUUGGUUUCCUGGGGAAGAUUUUGUGCGCGGCCAAAUCACCCAGGAAUUUAUACUAGUAUUGCUGCUUAUCGUUCUUGGAUUGAUGAAAAACUACAAGCAACUUCUGAACACUGA